AUGUCCUCGGACUAUGAAUACUCGGAUGACGACGUGGACAACGUCUUUGACGACGACGAGCUAAUGGCGGAUGGCGACUCCGACGGCGACGAUGGCAUGGAGAUGGACGACUUCAAAGUGGUGCCCAAGGCCACACGCAAAGCUUAUGAGCUCGAGUAUGACUCGCUCUCCCAGCCGGCAGUGGAGAAGCUCAUGGAGAAGGACGUCGAAUACAUCCGCGGCAUUCUUGGGGUUGACGACAACACCGCGAGCUUGUUGCUGAGGCACAUGGGCUGGAACAAGGAGCGCCUUAUCGAGAAGUACAUGGACAACGCCAACAAAACCCUUGUUGCUGCAGGUGUCAUACGCCCCGAACCCGAGGCUGUAAAGCCCAGUAAACGACCCAUCACGCGCCGCGCAACGAAACAACGUUCCCCAUCGCCGCCGAAGUCAAGCGGGUCAUUUACCUGCUCUAUUUGUUUUGACGACGCUCCCGGCCUUACUCCCCUCUCCCUCGAAUGCGGACAUGCUGCCUGUAGCGGCUGCUGGGAAGCAUAUAUCACCUCCAAGAUCCGAGACGAGGCAGAGCAUGUUUGUCGGUGUAUGGCGGAGGGUUGUGGGCUUGUGGCUCCCGACUCGUUCAUUCGGGGGGCUAUAGACGAGGACGGCUUCAUUCGCUUCCAGGAGCUCCUUGUCCGGCAUUUCGUGGGCUGCAACAAGAACCUCAAAUUCUGCCCCUACCCUUCAUGCACCAAUACUGUGUCCUGUCCGUCAGGCGCGUCAAAGUCGUCCCUCACGACCGUUGUCCCGAUCGUUUCGUGUGGCGCCAGGGGGCUGGCCAGCGACGGAGCACCGUUGUCGCAGAGCCAAGAGCUUGUCAAACGGGCGACAGGCAAGGAGCACAAGUUUUGCUUUGGUUGUGUUAUCGACAGCGACCAUCGCCCAGUCGUUUGUGCAGUAGCAACACUGUGGCUGAAGAAGUGCCGCGAUGACAGCGAGACGGCGAAUUGGAUCAAGAGCAACACGAAGGAAUGCCCCAAAUGUGUGAGCACGAUAGAGAAGAACGGAGGGUGCAACCACAUGACAUGCAAGAAGUGCAAACACGAGUUUUGCUGGGUGUGUAUGGGCCCAUGGUCUGAGCACGGAACUGCGUGGUACUCUUGCAACCGGUACGACGAAGAGGCCGGCGUCAAUGCGCGCGAUGCGCAAAGCAAGAGCCGCGCUAGCCUUGAACGCUACCUUCACUACUACAACCGGUGGGCCAACCACGAGCAGAGCGCUAAGCUCGCGCAGGACCUAUUCGCCAAGACGGAGAAAAAGAUGGAGGAGAUGCAGAUCACGUCGACAUUGACGUGGAUCGAGGUGCAGUUCAUGAAGAAGGCCGCGGAGGAGCUGGACAAGUGCCGCGUGACGCUUAAAUGGACGUAUGCAAUGGCGUACUACCUCGCGAAGGGGAACCAGAAGGAGCUGUUUGAGGACAACCAACGCGAUCUCGAGCGUGCCGUAGAGGACCUGAGCGAGCUGCUCGAGUCGCCAAUCGAACCGGAAAAUAUUCCGGCACUAAGGCAGAAGGUCACGGACAAGACGGUCUAUGUCCAGAAGCGGAAUGACAUCGUGCUCGAAGAUACGGCUGAGGGCUUCGUCGAGGGCCGCUGGGCGUGGAAUGUCUCUGUAGAUGGAUUUGAGGCGCCAGCGGCGGAGCCGGAUACUGCGCUUUGA